CUGAUGGAUGUGUUUUGCUGGAAAUAGUCUUCCCGGGAAUAAUUUGAACUAUGAUCCGAUAAAGUUCUCGCGUCAUCUGUUUAGACACAGUGAAAACGAAAGAACGUUUCUACUAUGGAAAACGUAAAUGAACUUGAAAAUUUCCGAGAACGUUGGAGAAAUGAGUUGGUAUGUCGGGACGAGCAAAUGGCACGCAACGAAGAGGAUCUUGAUGAUGCUGAAUCUGUUUUACGCCAUGCCGACGUUGAUGACGGAGACGAUGUAACGAAGAAACGCAAAAUCGGUUUCGCUAAAAGGACAUCAAAUUAUUACAUGGCUGAAGAAGGUGAUUUGGACGAUUGUCUGCCUUACUACCCAAAGACUGACCCUGUUGUUGGCGAGGCAGUCAGUAUUGCAAAUGAUUUGCUUAAAGGUACAUAUGUGAAAAGAAAACUCUCAGAAUCAGACGAACAUACAAAUAAAGAUGGUAAAAUCGACAAAGAAACGAAGAAAACGAGAACAUUGGAAGCUAAAGGAAGGACAAAUGCAAAUUUGCUGGACACUUUAAUUGCAGACUUGAAUGAAAUCAAUGAAAUUCCUUUCUUUGAUAUUGCAUUACCUCGAGAAUUAGCAAUGAAAAUAUUUGAACAUUUUGAGAUGUCAGAUCUAUUGAGUUGUGCACAGGUUAGUGUCAGCUGGAGAAGUUUGGCUGAUGAUGACAUACUGUGGUGUAGGAUCUGUCAUCGUUUGGGGUAUCUCAUGAAUAUUCAUGCUGGGGAAAAGUCAUCUUGGAAAGAGGCUGUCCGAGAAUGCAUCACCGAAGAUAAGAGUCUUAGAUCAAAUUGGAAGGGUCGUAUUGGAUGCAUGAGUACCCUGGAGUAUGUCAGAGGAGGAAUAUUGACAUCGGCGCAGUCUUAUCAAGACGCCAUUAUAGCAGGGUAUACUAAUGGAAGGGUGCGUCUAUGGAACAUCAACGAUAUUGAAAGUGACCUCUUCGUAACAUCACAUGAAACUAUAGGGCUGGAGCAGAGAUGUCGACCAGCUGUCGAUCACGUAGCCACAAACAGCAAUAUUGCUAUGGCAACCUAUGACAAUGGCGAUGUGGAUGUGUGGAACUUAAAAGACACAUCUACUCCUACAUAUCAUUUCCACUGUGAUGAAAAUAUCCAAAGUGUUGCUAUGGCAGCAGAUGGUACUGCUAUAGCAACAGCAGUGGGGUAUACUGUGAGAAUAAGAGGUUGCUGACAGCAAUGGAUCCUGGAAGUGCUCAUGUAAACCACGAACAGCAAAGCCAGUUGGCUUCAUGAAGUUUAUUCCCCAAAACACCAGUAGUUCAGAGAAGCAUAUUAUCAUGGCAACUGAUAGCAAGAUGAUGGGUGGAAUCUACCAGUAUCGAAUCAGUCCAUCAUGGGAUACUGCCAUGGUAACAUUGCAUCAGUUGACAUCACCAGCCACAUGUUUAGAUGUUGAUGACAGUCUCAUAGCUUGUGGGAUUGGUUCCUCUGGAUUUCAGGAAGGUUUCACUGUUAAGAUGUUCAACACAGAGAAUGGCGGC